GGGGCGUCCUGAGUCCAUGUCGACAUGGGCGUAGGGUCUCCUCUCCUCUCGUCCCUCUCCUCCCUGUUUUCCAGCGAUGCUGCAGAAGACUCUUCAUCACUGAUAACCUGGAUGUGUCCCCGCUGCUCCUUCUCCUUCUCCUCAGCCGAGCUCCAGGAGGAUUACCUCCGUCUGAAGAACGGAUAAGGACCCUGGAUGUCACGAAGACCCAUCUUUAAUAUUAGGGAUGAUAAACAAAAUCACAGGCGUUGUGGAACGACAUGUGAAAAUCAAUUUCAGCCUCCUGCUGUGCGACUUACACUCUUGGAUGGGCUCUCAGACGUCCCUGUGAUGGUAGCCAUGGAUGAUUAAUUUUAAAACUGCUCUUGAGGGCGCUGUUAACUCAGAGCUGUUUCCAAAAUGUGCGAUCGGGGAGAGCCCUUUGGCGAGGGGGAGGUAAGGAAUAAUAACCAGCAGGGGGGCGUGCUGGCUGACGGGGAUGCCAACGCCAAUGAAAUCCGAACAGAGGAUGGAGGGAGGACGGGUGAUGCAGGCACUCUGUCGGUGCUGACGACAGAAACAGCUGAGCAGGAUAAAGUCAUUAUCUGGGGUACAGACUCUCAGUGUGACGAUCCUGAGCUGGCUGAGUUCGAGAUGCUGGAGUGUCAGGAGCUGGAGGCUUACCUGGUCGAGGACGAGGAGGACUUUGUGGGUCUGACAGAGCGGACGGAGCAUCAAGGACAGCCUUUGAUGUGCGACAAAGCCAGAGAAGAACAACCGGCGGAUAAGAAGAGCAGGGAAGAGAGGAAGUCUGUUCUGCAAGGUGCCAGCGAGCAGGAAUCCAGUGUGUCACAUGUUUCUGAGAGCAGAGAUGCAUCAGGGAGCUCAGAGGCAGACGUCUUUGUAACCUGUCUGUCCACCAUUUCAAACAUGGAUACAGCCAUGGACGCUGCAGGCAGGACCCAAACAACAGACUCCUGGCACAAUGCCUCUGGUCCUUAUUCAACCAUCUCAGAGGACCUGACUCUGGUUUCACAGACUUGCAAUACAGUCUCAGAAAGAAGUAAGGCGGAUCAUUCUUCCCGCUAUCAUGGAAAAAGCACAAAACACAGGAAAGAUGUGGACAUGAAUUUGAAUACGACAGUUCACUCAGAGGAGGAAGCACAAGCUAGCAACAGAAAUGUUCAGGGUAAAGACGUCCUUGAUGAGAGCAGGAAGAACAAUAACCAGAGAAAUAAAGCAGGGAAUACAGAGCGAGACGGUGAUCAAAGGAGGAGUACUGAGCACAAGGGUUUACCCACCAUAACACAGUCACCCGAGGAAAGCAACAUUAAAAUGGAUAAAAGCACACAAGCUGAUGACGCCCCUGAUGUGAACUACAGCCCACCCAGAACAGGCACCAAGGGGACGCAGUCAUCCGUUGAUUCCAAAGCCAUAAAGAAACAAGGAUCAUUUGAUUCCUCAUUGAAAAAACAAAACUCUUUUGACAGGAGUUUUAAAAAGCAGCCAUCGUUUGAGAACUCCUUCAAGAAGCAGCUCUCCUUUGAUAACUCUUUAAAGAAGCAGGGCUCCUUUGAGAACACUGUCACCUCUGGCUCUUCAAGUCUGGAGAGGAGGAAGCCGUGGGGAAGCCCGAGUCGACCAGCAACUCCUUCUUCCCCUAAGACUACCUCCUGUUCCCCCAAGAGACGACCGCCCGGUUCACCAGCAAAGGUUCAGGGCAUCAGAGCGCUGAGCUGUGAGCGCAGCGACUCCCCUCAAAGAGGUUUUGUUCAAACAGUCAAACCAGCUGUCAAGACAAGUUUGAGCAGCGGCAUCCCAAAACCUGUCACCUCUCAGCAGAAAGAGCCUGAGCUUAAGCCUAAAAACGUCCGACCCAAAAUCAUCACCUACGUCCGAAAGAAUCCUCAAGUAAAACCGGACCCUUCUCUCGAAACCUCUUCAAUGAGGCUUUCAGCUUACUCCAGCUCACAAGCUCCGAAAGAUCUCAAACCUGGUCCUCAGCCUAAAUCCACACAGGUGCUGUGUUCCUCCAACCUGCUGUUUGAUAAAUAUCGACAGGAGAUGCAGAAGACGGGGCUCUAUCCUCCAGGCGUGGCUGCAAAUGGAAUGAAACCUCCGAGCAGCUCCAUCGCUCAGAGGCAGGGCGGGAAGUCUGACAGUUUUCACGAGGACUCACCGGAGAAAUACCUGCAAGAGCAUGUUUCCCAAGAAGGAGGCAGUGCAUACCGCUCCCCCAGAACUCUGAGGCCUCAGCUGGGGUUAGGGGCUGUCACCAGGCAGCCUGCAGCCAAGACCAGAGUUCAGCAGCCAGGUCAAAGGUCAGCAGCGGCUCCAAGUCAUUCUUCCCAGGCAGCCGGAGCGUCCAGCCAAGGCCACCAGGAGCAUACAGCAGACCAGAAGAGGUCAGCAGAAAGAGGUCCAGAAACAUCCACUAAGAACCCCCUGCUCAAACCAGGCCAGUCUGGUCUGCGUCCCCCAGGUUUCUCCGCCCUGCCGGCCUCCCGUCUGGCCACCUUUGGCUUCGUCCGCACCUCCAGCGUCUCGUCUGUGUCCAGUAACCAAUCGAACGACAGCAGCCACAGCGAUCCCAGCAGACCUGCCCAGUAUCCAAGCAGUGGCAGCGAUGACACACCUCUCCACAGAGCCGCUGAAGCCUCACCCGUUCAAAUCCGCACUCACCCUCCCAACGCCCCCAGCCUGCAGCGCCGCAGUCUGCCGCCCCAACGCUGCUCCCCACUCGCUUCCAGAAAAGAGAUGCAGAAGGACAUCGAGGCUGUUUUGCCACCAAAGUCAUCUCCCAGAAGAUUUGCAGUGGUGUCACCCAAACCACAGUCUCCUGUCCAAGGGCGGACAGCAGCAGUUUGUGGAUCUAUCCAGACUGAAAGGAACCAGGAAUUGGACCGGGCUCUGAUCCAACAGCUUCGGGAACGCUGUGAGCAUCAGGAGCUACAGCUGCAGAGUCUGCAGGCCCAGUUAAAGAAGGCUUCUCUGUGCAUGGAUGUGUUCAGUAUCACCACCCAGCACUUCUGUCUCAAGAGCGAGAGUGCCUUUGUGAAGGAGAGGGAACUGUCCCUGGAGCUCGCCAGGAUCAGGGAUGAAGUGGCUUUCAGUGUUGCACACUGGGAGAAACUGCAGCAGGAGAAGGGGGAACAGGAGCGUCGUUUCGAGGCGGAGCUGCAGGGACUGCGGGCGAAGCAGCAAAGGGAGCUGGGAGCACUGGAGGAGCGGCUGAAGGCCCAGCACACGGCGGAGGCCAAAAGCCUGCAGGCCGAACACCGAGGAGAGCUAGAGGAGCUACGAUUCAAACAGCAGGAGCAGCUUGAGGAGAUGAGUGAGAACCAUGAGGCAUCUUUGAUUGAGAUGGAGACGGCUCACAACGACACACUGGCCACUCUGCAGGAGGAACAUGCCAGGACUGUGAAGAAUCUGAAGAUGGCCCACGAGCAGCAGACAAAGUCUCUGGAAGAAGAGUUUGAAAAGAUCAGACUGUCCCUGCAGGAUCAGGUGGACACGCUGACGUUUCAGAACCGUAGCCUCAGAGAUCGAGCAAAGCGCUUUGAAGAAGCUCUGCGCAGGAGCACAGAUGAGCAGAUAGUGGAUGCUUUGGCGCCAUAUAAACACAUCGAGGAGGACCUGAAGAGUCUGAAAGAAGUGCUGGAGAUGAAGAAUCAACAAAUUCAUCAACAGGAUCUGAAGAUCACAGAGCUGGAGAAAAUAGCUGAAAAGAAUGUGUACCUGGAGGAGAGACUGCAGGUGUUGCAGCAACAGAACGAAGACCUGAAGGAACGAAUUGACAAGAAUGUUGCCGUGUCCAGGCAACUCUCCGAGGAUAACGCCAACCUGCAGGUUAAUGUGGAGAAGGAGAGCAACGAGAAAAAGCGUCUGAGUCGCACCAACGAGGAGCUGCUGUGGCGCCUUCAGACCGGAGAGCUCAGCCCUCACAUGUCCCCCAGCUCCUCACCCCUCCAUCGGCCCCUCUCUGGACCCGGCUCCCCCGCCCGCCCACACUCCUACCAUCAAUGACACUCUCCUCGGAAGCUCCUGUAUCAGACGCUGACUUUUAUCUGGCAUUUUAUAACUUUGAAUGUUAUUCUCAGUGACAAAGAAUGGAUCUUACUCUUAAGAAGUUGGACGGACACACAUCAGGUUGUUUCUUGGGAAAAUGCUGCUCAUUCUUGUGAUGCAUUCGCAAAGUUCAAGCCCAGGAAUUUUAACGUCAAACUGAAAGAAAUGUAUUACUGAUCAAGAAGGGACUUCUCUGCGCUCCUCUUUUUUCUACCCACCCUGAACGCCCCGCAAACAGAUGAGCUGUGAUGCUGCAGCAGAUGAAGGAUCCGGUCAUUGUAGACUUCAGAGAGCAGGAUCAGAGUUACUGUGCCUCAUUUCAAUGUUUUCACCUCCAUGUACAGUACAUCAACACCUUCUCAUCCAGCGCUCAGGAUGAUGGAUGUGUGAGACAACCAAACAUAAAAAGUGCAACAACCAUUACAAGAAGCGCCUUCUCCUGUCCAUUUGUUACCCACCAGCAACGUCUAUCAAGGCAUGGGCAAUACAAAUCUACCUACAAUGAGUAACUCUCCAAGUGUGGACUCUUCUCUGGGCUGGUUUUAUCUGUCAUGAUCUGGAGUGUAUGUCCAUCUAACCUCAAACAUACAUCCUACUGUCUACUCAAGCCCCUGAAGAUCAGUGAUGACCUGAAAUGUAAAAUCUCAACAACACAACAUCUCAUGAAUCCAUUGAACUGCCAACAAAGUGUAAUUACAAUAUCAAUAAUAACCUGUUAAAACUGUACAUGUAUUGCUCUCUUAAAAGCAUGAUCUGUCUUCCAGCUCUAAUGAAUAUUAUUUAAGGAUUACCUUAGGUGUAGUUUCCUCUGAUUUCUAGUAAAACUGCAGGAUUUCCCUAAAGGACAACAAGAAACUAAUCAUUGUGUUUCACACUUAGGAUUUUCUAUGUGCGGUGACGCCCUCACCGUCAGUCAGAGUAGAAAUAAGAACAUUUCCCCCAAAAAAAUCAAAGUGCAGAGUCUGCAGAAAAAACACCAAAGUGGAAAUCAUGAAACACAGCAUUUUAUCAUGUACUGUAGCUGAUGGAAGUCUGCAGCUCAGUGCUGCAGAAUCAGCCAUAAACGGUGCAAACAUUGCCGUUCCUUUCAAAAAUCAAACCCACCUGUUCAUUCUGACUUCUUUGUAAAGUUUCACAUCUUUCACUUUUUUUUAUUUUUAUUUUGAAGUGUACCUUAUCGUCGCUCUUGCAGCUGACUUGGAUUGCUGAUGUUUCCUCCAUUGAUGAUUGUUUUCUGUUUUUGAACUUGACCACAAAAACGUGAUUGGCUAAUGUGAUGGACAACUGAAUGACGAUCUCACUGACUCAUGCUAGCUCCAACAGACUUUUGGCUAAACUCUAAAUCUAGUUUAAGAUUCAUCCAAAUGAGUAAGAACAUCCUGCAAACCUUCAAACUGUUACCUCAUGUCUCAUUGUGGAGAAUAAUCUCAGGUGUUGAGGAGAAGAAACUGCCAUAACUUUUUUCUUUUUUUUAAAUGAUUGUACUUUUUGAGUUCUUACUUUGCUCAUGUUUACAUAACCGGUCAGCUCAACUGUCUGAUAUCAUUUCUUAUAAAUAAUUUGGAUGUAGAUAAUGUUAACCUAUAUUACAGAGCAUAGUGCAGUCAACACAUAUAUACAUAUAGAAUGAAGCUAUACUGCUUUAUUAUAGCACUCUGCUGUAAUGAUCGGCUCCCUCAGACACACACAAUGUGGUAAACAGCUCAAACAGGGAUUUGUUUGCAGCAGAACAACAAGCAGGUUCUAUUUAACAUGAUGGACUUCAUGGAAACAAAGUGGAAAAGACAUUUCUCUCCGUCAGGUUCUCUGAUUGCACUGAGUGUCUCUGUGUCCUGUGGACAUGAUCUCAUUAACUGAAUGUUUGUUGAACACUAGAAUAAGAGCUUUUGUUUACAGUUUAUGUCCAACGUGGGAGAAGGAUGUCGUGUCACGUGAUGUCUUUACUUCUGCUCAUUGUUUACGGGACUUCUGUUCUUAUGAUCCUGCUCACUGUUUCACAACUUCUGGAUGAGUUUAUAUGAAAGCAUGUCUUUAUAAUGUCGUUGUGCAUUAUUUUUGUUUACAUUUCUUGUGCAUAACAUUUAUUUAUUUAUUUGUUUUGUGUCCUACUCAAGAACUGCACCUGUAGCUUAGCUGGUUAAAUUAUUGUGAUCAGUGAUGAGACACUAACGUCUAAAUGUUGCACUUUGUAUUUAAGUAUUAAAUCACAAUAAGAAAAUAA